AUGGAUGAAUGUUUUCAAUGUCCAGAAGAUCACUAUCCCAAUGAGAAGCAGGUUUUGUGUCUCCCCAAAAUUGCAACAUUCUUGAACUACAAAGAAACCUUGGGAACAGUUAUGGCUAGUUCUUCUCUUUUCUUCUCUCUAAUCACAGUUGGAGUCCUUUGGAUCUUUAUUAAGCAUCAGGACACUCCCAUUGUCAGAGCUAACAACCGAAACCUCACAUAUGCCCUCCUUAUUGCUCUCCUGUUAUCAUUCCUAUUUACUUUGCUAUUCAUUGGGAAGCCUUACAAGGUGACAUGUCUCCUUCGUCAAACUGCCUUUGGCAUCAUCUUCUCAGUGGCCAUUUCUUGCGUUUUGGCCAAAACCAUCAUUGUAGUUCUAGCUUUCAUGGCUACCAAGCCAGGGUCCAAGAUGACCAAGUGGGUGGGGACAAGACUUGGCACAUUUAUAGUAUCCUGCUGCUCCUUUAUUCAAAUUAAAAUUUGUGUAAUAUGGCUGAUCAUCUCUCCCCCAUUCCCAGAUGCUGACAUGAAGUCAAUAGCAGAAGAAAUCAUUCUGGAGUGCAACAAAGGAUCUGCCUUCAUGUUCUAUGGUGUCUUGGGUUAUAUGGGCUUCCUUGCCGUUGUCAGUUUCACACUGGCCUUCCUAGCAAGGAAAUUGCCUGAUGCUUUCAAUGAAGCCAAGUUUAUCACCUUCAGCAUGUUGGUCUUCUGCAGUGUUUGGUUGUCUUUUAUUCCAGCAUACCUGAGUUCGAAGGGAAAAUAUAUGGUUGCUGUGGAGAUCUUCUCCAUUAUGGCUUCCAGUGCUGGAUUACUGCUUUGUAUCUUUUCUCCCAAGCUGUACAUCAUUGUGCUGAGACCUGGUUUGAACAAAAAAGAGCAGCUCAAAAGAGAAAAGGACAGAAUAACAUAA